AUGGAUGCCAAUGUAGAUUUGAAUCCUAGAGUUGGUAUGAAAUUUGAUACGUUAGAAGAUGCAUGGGAAUUUUGGUUAAAAUAUGGAAGGCAAGUGGGCUUUGAUGUUAGAAAACAUUACAUAAAUAAAAGUAAGAAUGAUGGUAAGGGAACAUCAAGGGGAUUUGUAUGUGCAAAGCAGGGCAUUCGAGGUAAAGAAAAAGAAGAUAUGAUUUGCACUCGUAACCGAGAUGAGACAAGGACUAAUUUUCCUGUAAGGCUAUAUGUUUCAUUAGUGCGAGUAAGUGGAAAGUUUAAAGAGUUUGAUUUUGUUGGAGAACAUAAUCACACUCUUCAUCUAUCAGAAAUAGUUUAUAUGAUGAGAUCUCAACAAAAAAUUUCAGAAGUUCAUGCAGGAUUGAUUGAGUUAGCAUCCUCUUUUGGAAUCAAGCCAAAAGCAGCACAUGAGUUGAUAAAUAGAGAGGCUGGUGGGAGAGCUAAUCUUGGAUUCAUUGAGCUUGAUAAAAAAAUUACCUUAGAACAGGACGGCAAAAAAACUUGA